CUCGCUCCGCGAGGCGGGGCCCGCCAGGUGCUCCGCGCCCGCCCCCGCGCCCCGCCGGCCACAGAUAUAAGGCGGCCGCGGCUGGGGCUCCGAGCCCCGCCGCCCGCCGCCGCCCCGCGUCCCCAUGGCCCGGUCCGCGCCGCUGGUGGCCGCCGCCCUGGCGCUGUGCCUGCUGCUGGCGCCGCCCGGCCUCGCGUGGUACAAGCAGGCGGCGGGGCCCAGCUACUACUCGGUGGGCCGCGCCGCGGGACUGCUGUCCGGCUUCCGCAGGUCCCCGUACGCGCGCCGCUCCGUGCCCCCCGUGGGCGCGGGACCCCGGGGCCGGGCCGGCGCCUUCGCGGAGCCGCGACCCAGCCUGCGGAGCCUCACCGUGUGUGUCAAGGACGUGACCCCGAAUCUGCAGAGCUGCCAGAGGCUCCCCGAGGGCCGGGCCACCUUCCAGUGCCGGGCGGACGUGUUCCUGUCGCUCCGCGCUGCUGACUGUCGCAGCGCCUAAGCCCCGACCACCGCGGAGACCUGGACCUCAUCUGGCCCUGGCCGGUGCCCCCAGUGCCCCCUCUGUGCCCGCAGUAAACGGCUAAAUGAAUAAAUGAGAAGCGCA